UUGAGUAAUUGAAUUGGAGCUGUGACCACACCCCCACACCCCGCCUUUGAGCUGUAUAGCUUCACAAACCUCACAUUCCCCGCGAGAAAAUCAAUAAACGGCACAGCUACCAUGACGUCUCUCCUCCGCACGGCGCGCUGCGUUCGACCGGCUUUUGCUGCUCGGCCAGCGUCGAGAAUCACACCAAUUGCGCUCCGUAGACGGUAUGCGUCUGCUGCUACUGCUGCUGUGGCCGACAGCGGAGAGCAGCCAUACUUCCCUGAUGAGCCCCGCGAGCCCAUCAUCCAGACGUCGAUUCCAGGGCCGGAGAGCAAGAAGGCAAUUGAGCGUCUGGGCAAGGUGUUUGACACGAGGAGCUUGAACAUGAUGGCCGACUACCAGCGGAGCUAUGGCAACUACAUCGCUGACCUGGACGGAAAUGUGCUCCUCGAUGUCUAUGCCCAGAUCGCCUCGAUCCCUGUGGGAUACAACAACGCUUCGCUGCAGCUUGCGGCUACGUCGCCUGAGAUGGCGUCGGCACUCAUCAACCGCCCUGCGCUCGGCAACUUCCCCCAGCACGACUGGGCUGAGAUUCUCGAGACGGGCAUCCUGUCGGUGGCUCCCAAGGGCUUAGACCAGGUAUUCACGGGCCAGUCGGGCUCCGACGCCAACGAGCUCGCAUACAAGGCCGCCUUUAUGUGGAAGCGCCAGCAGCAGCGAGGCGGCGCAGACGUCGAUUUCUCGGCAGAAGACAUCAGCUCAGCCAUGAACAACCAAUCCCCCGGCGCCCCCGACCUCUCCAUCCUGUCCUUCACCUCGGCCUUCCACGGCCGUCUCUUCGGCAGCCUGUCCACGACGCGCUCCAAGCCCAUCCACAAGCUCGACAUCCCCGCCUUCGACUGGCCGCAAGCCCCCUUCCCCGCCCUCAAGUACCCACUCGACCAAUUCGCCGCCGAGAACGCCGCCGAAGAGCAGCGCUGCCUCGACGAAACAGAGCGCCUAAUAAAAGAAUGGCACGCCCCACCCGCCGCCAUAAUCGUCGAGCCCGUCCAAUCCGAAGGCGGCGACAACCACGCCUCCCCCUCCUUCUUCCGCGGCCUACGCGCCCUCACAAAGAAACACGACAUCCUCUUCAUCGUCGACGAAGUCCAAACCGGCGUCGGCGCGACAGGAAAAUUCUGGGCCCACGAGCACUGGAACCUCACCUCGCCCCCGGACAUGGUCACUUUCUCCAAGAAAGCCCAAACAGCAGGCUACUACUUCGGGAAUAACGAGCUGCGCCCUAAUAAACCAUAUCGCCAGUUCAACACCUGGAUGGGCGACCCCGCGCGCGCUAUCCUCUUCCGCGCUAUUAUUCAGGAAAUCGAGCGCCUUAAUCUUGUUGAGAGUACUGCCCAAACAGGCGAUUAUCUGUACAACGGUCUGGCGCGCCUCGCGGAGCAGUACCCACAGGACAUCCAGAACUUGCGUGGUAGGGGCCAGGGCACGUUUAUCGCCUGGGACAGCCAUAGGCGCGACGACGUGCUGAGGAAGGGCAAGGGCGUUGGGAUUAAUAUUGGGGGUUCGGGGGAGAGGGCUGUUAGACUUAGGCCUAUGCUUAUCUUUCAGAGGUUUCAUGCUGAUUUGCUGUUGGAGCGGUUGGAGAGGGUUUUUAAGUCGUAGGUGGUGGGGUACGGCUGUGAUGGAUGAACGGAGUUGGGUAGGGCGUUCUUCUUCUUCUUCUUCUUCUUCUUGUUUUUACCCUUGCGUGGGAGGUUUCUAUCUGCUUUACUGCACUUUGCUUUCGGAAUCAGAUGGGAUGGGAAGGGAUGGGAUGGGAUGAUGGAAAUUCCCUACGGCUUGUACAUUGUCAAGCAUAGCUAGCUAGCUAGCGUAACGAAGGAUGAAGCACUCAGGCGUGGACAUGGAAUGGAUAAAUGAACGAAUAAAUGAACACCAAAUAAGCGAAUGAAUAAACGAAUAUA